AUGACGACGGGUGAUCAACAACAACAUGGCUCUACGAGCCAGGGGGAUAAUCCCACAAUACAGCAACUGUUGGAAACGAUCCGGAAGAUGCAGGAUGACAUGAGUUCUCAACAAGAGGCGUGGAGAACCGAGAGAGAAACACUACAGAGAGAACUCACGACAGCUAGAUCCAAGUCUAACCCCACGGAGAAAGGAGUGUUGGGCAGUGUGGCUAGGCGCUUGAACAUGGACGACGAAGAAGAGGAGCAAUACGACGAGGAAAUCGAAAUGGAAAGCCCAGAACAAAGGGGUCCUGAGGUUAACAACAAUAAUAAUGGUGGAGGUCCGGAUGAUGGCAAUGGUGGUCCAGAGAAGCAAGACAAAAAUGACAAACGCGACAAGGGAAACAAGAAGAAAAAGAAGAAGGAAAACAAAUCCAGUAAGUCACGUAGUCAUGACACAAUGCGCAAGGAGUUACAGGCCCUCAAAGAGAUGGUACAACGCAUUCCUGGGGUACCCAAACCCUUGGAAAAAGCUACGCCCCUGAGUUAUGCAGACUCGCCCUUCUCUGACAGCAUAGCGAUGGUCGAGACCCCGAAGCGAUUUGCAGUCCCACCCAUGAAAGCAUAUGACGGCACGACUGACCCACAGGAGCAUGUGGCACAGUACAAGCAGAGAAUGUUCACUGUACCCAUCACGAGGGAGCUCAGGGAACCAUGCAUGUGCAAGGGAUUUGGCUCAACACUCACGGGACCGGCCUUACAGUGGUAUGUGGGCCUACCUAACGGGAGCAUUGAGACCUUUGCUGACCUCGUCGACGCCUUCAAUCUCCAGUUUGCAAGUAGCAGAGUAUUUGAAAAGACCACGAGUGACUUGUACAAGAUUACUCAGAGGUACAGAGAACCACUCCGAGAGUACUUGACCAGAUUUAAUCGAGAAAAAGUUACCAUCACCAAUUGUGACAUUCCAACAGCCAUUGAAGCCUUCAGAAGGGGCUUAGAACGGGACUCCCCACUCUACGAUGAGCUAACAAAAUACCCUUGCAAGACUUUAGAUGACGUUCAGGCUAAGGCAAUGGCCCAAGUACGAUUGGAGGAGGAUAAACGGGAUCAUGAUGACAAGUAUUACCGGCCAAACAGGAAGAUCUUGACAACCAAGACCAGGGACUACAGACCAUACUCAAGAGAUGCCAGAGAUGUGAAGGAGGAACCACGCGUCAACUCGACCCAGGAACAGACAGAUUGGAGGAAGGAUCCCAAUCUUCCCCCAACUUAUGACAGUUAUGGGUUCACGAUCACACCAACGGAGAUGAUGAGGGAGUUUACCAAAAUGGGAGACACGGUCAAAUGGCCGGUUAAGAGCAACAAACCAAAGGCUAACCCUGAGUCAAAGUUGUGGUGUGAUUAUCAUGGCGACUAUGGACACAAAGCUUCCGACUGUGUUGCGUUGCGACGUGAACUCCAAUACCUGGUCCGCAAGGGAUACUUGACAGAAUUCAUGGCCGGCAAGACGACGGGUGUCAUACGCGACUCCCCACACAAGACCCCCUCAAAGCAACUGCCCCCACCACCAUACCACAAGAUCAUAAACUUCAUAGCUGGAGGUAGUGAGAUUAGUGGAACUACAUACUCACAGGCAAAACGUGUGGCUAGGGGAAAAGCUCCACAGAUGAUGGUGGUUGCUGAAAAGAAUGACACGACGCCUGCACUUGUAUUUGGCGACCCUGACAGACAACAUGUAAUGGAGCCUCAACAUGACAGCCUAGUGAUAUCGCUACCCGUCGGUAACUGUUUCAUCAAACGGAUCAUGGUGGACAACGGCAGUGCUGCCAACAUAAUGAUGAAGGACACAUUACGACAAAUGGCCCUUGAGGACAGUGACAUGAUCAAGAAACCAACCACUCUAGUGGGAUUCAGUGGCGAGACGAAGAGAACCAUUGGAGAAAUCACACUGCCUACGUAUGUCAAAGGCGUCAACAUAUUGACCAAGUUUCUGGUCAUAGAUUGCGACUCAACGUACAACAUAAUCAUGGGCAGACCUUGGAUUCAUGACCUACAGGCCGUGCCCUCCACAUUCCAUCAAGUUCUCAAAUUCCCAACACCUUGGGGGUCCAAGAAAUACGAGGAGAACAAAGUGUGGCGAGAGAGUGUUACAAGACAUGUAUGA